AUGGGUCAACGUUCCUCUGCUACACCUCAUGAUGGACAACACCAAGAUUCGUCCUUUGGCCUGAAUGCAUAUAUUAAGAACCUGAAGAUAGAAAACAAAAUCAUUUCUCAGGAAACCAUAAAUUUGAUCGAUUUACACUUGACAAAAGGAAACAUUCAGGGGGUAAACUCUGUAAUCAAUGAUGCAUUAAAAGGAAUUGAUAAUGUCCAACUCAACAUUGCUGUGACAGGGGAGUGUGGAUCAGGAAAGUCCAGUUUCAUCAAUGCCCUGAGAGAGGUUGGACCCGAAGAAGAAGAUGCAGCCCCCACUGGAGUGGUGGAGACGACCAUGGAGAGAACUCCAUACAAACACCAAAAAUUUCACAAUGUGACAUUAUGGGACCUGCCUGGGUAUGGAACCUGUAAUUUUCAGCCAAAAGAUUAUCUAAGGAAAGUAAAAUUUGGAGAAUAUGACUUCUUUAUUAUUGUUUCUGCUACACGCUUCAAGCAAAAUGACAUAGAAUUGGCCCAAAUGAUCAGAAUUAUGAAGAAGAAUUUCUACUUUGUGAGAACCAAGGUAGACUUUGAUUUAAAAAAUGAACAGGAAAGUAAACCAACUACCUUUGAUAGAGAAAAAGUUCUGCAACAGAUCCGAAACUACGGUCUGCAUAAUUUUAUGAAAAAUGAGAUUAAUAAACCACAAAUCUUCUUAAUCUCCAGCAAAGAUUUAUCUGACUAUGAUUUUCCAAUCCUCACGGACACCCUAUUAAAGGAUCUUCCGAUUCAAAAGCGCCACAUUUUUAUGCUUUCCCUGCCUAGUAUUACUGAGGGAGCCAUUGAAAGAAAGAGGGAUUCUCUGAAGCAGAUGAUCUGGCUAAAAGCCUUGAAAGCUGGAGCAUUGGCCACCUUUCCUUUAGUGGGCAUCAUCAUUGACAGUGACAUAGACAAGCUGAAGGAGAGCUUAAAGCAAUAUCAAGUCUUCUUUGGAGUGGACGAUGCAUCCCUGCAGAGUUUGGCUAAAGAUUUUCAAGUGCCUGUGAAACAACUCAAUGCAAUCAUUAAAUCUCCUCAUUUGUUGGAAAAUAAGAAGGAAGAAUCAAUAGGUGAAACACUUUUGAAAUAUUUUGAGAUAUUCUGUUCGGCUAAUGGAGGUCUCCUUGCUACAGGUCUUUACUUUAGAAAAAUGUACUACUUGCAACUUUAUUUCCUUGAUAUUGUGACCGAUGAUGCUAAAGUUCUUCUUAAAGAGGUAUACUCAAGAAAUGGGUUGACUUCCCAUAGAUUAGAAUCCUCUGGAUGUCAAAAUCCAAAUUCAUGAGGGAAAAAUAGCACUGCAGAGUCCCUAAAGGAUCUACUGAGUUUAUUAAAGCCAAUACAGCCUUCGACUCAUACUUUUGGAUUGCAUAUCCUUGUUAGCUGGGCCAAGGGCAUGUAAUAUCCUUGAAUAGAUCCCAUGGGCAGGGAGCUAAAUACCAUUCAUCCACUUCCAAUAAACCACCACAUCAGAUGACUUUACUUUUGUCAUAAAUUUAUUUAAUAUAGCUGUUGCCUUGGCAUCUGCUUCUAGGCCUGACAUAAGUUGUUUGAAACCCAGUUGUACCACACCACCAUGGGCCUAGUUAAAACUUCCCUUCCCUGUGUGGUUGUUUGUGAUAUAGCCUGCUUGUUCUUCACCUCACUGACCCAAACUCAACACACCCCAUAGCUAGUGACCAUGAUAAAACCUUGCGGUCAACACAAGAGUCAUAUUAGUAAGUUUCCCUCUUCUCACAUAUUUUCUUUGAACUAGCCAAUCUGUAACCCCCAUAGGAAAGCCUAAGGAAUUAUGCCCAUGU